GCAAAUCAGCGAGAGGAAGGAAACUUUGUACCGCUGCAAACUUUUUGUAUGGGUGUUCCGGAGUGUGGCACCACACCCCUUCCAGCUAGAGGGCUCAGUAAUCAGGAAAAGAUCCUGCAGUACAGGAACAUCCCAAGCCCGUGCCUGCAAGCAACCAAAUUAAAGGGAACCUCUUCUAUUUCACAGAAUGGCUACCAAACGCGUUGUUCUCACAGGCCCCCCGCCAUGGGGAUUCAGACUGAUUGGAGGGAAGGAUUUUGACCAGCCUUUAACCAUUUCAAGGGUGAAUCCAGGUAGCAAAUCUGCAGAUGUGGGUAUAUGUAUUGGAGAUGUUGUGAUUGCUAUUGAUGGGGAAGACACAGAUGGCAUGACUCAUCUAGAAGCACAAAACAAAAUUAAGGGAUGUGAUGAUGAAUUGGCUCUCACAAUAAACCGGGUUGAUUCUAAAAUAUGGUCGCCUCUUGUAUCAGACGGAGGAAAAACAAAUCCUUACAAGAUGAAUCUGGCCUCUAAUCCUCAGAGACCUGUCAGAUUUCAGCGUGCUUUCAGUAUGACUUACCAGCCACUAAAAUCGCCAACAGGCUCCCUCAGCCCUUUGUCGCCCUCUGCCAUGUUACAAGCUCCCCUCUCUUCGGUCUAUAACCCUCUUCAGUCCCGUAUCUCCUCUUCUUCACUCUUGCAACGGAGGCACAGCACCUCCUCUAUCCCAACUCAAGUACGCGUGGCUCCUGGAGAAUUAAAACAAGCAGCCCAGAUUUGUCCCAGCAGCCCGGUGGAAGUGGACAUCCCUGGACUAAAAGUCAUGCACGUCCAAUUUAACUCCCCCUUACAGCUCUAUUCACAGGAAAAUAUAAUGGACACUUUGCAAGGGCAGAUCUCUUCCAUUAACCCAUCUUAUAUCAGCGUGGAGCGACCACCACCAACAACAACUACUCGAGCCAUUGACAAAGACUCUGAAGUCUACAAGAUGCUACAGGAAAAUCAAGAGUCCGAUGAGCCUCCGAGACAGUCUGCUUCAUUUCUAGUUCUCCAGGAAAUUUUAGAGACAGACGAAAAAGGUGAAAAACCUUCUGGAUUUCGAAGUGUGAGAGCCCCAGCUAGUAAAGUGGCUGCCUCUGUGGGUAGUGGACAGAAACUGCCAAUCUGUGAUCAUUGUGGUUCAGGCAUUGUGGGUGCGUUUGUGAAGAUUCGUGACAAGCCUCGUCAUCCCGAAUGCUAUGUUUGUACAGACUGCGGCACAAAUCUCAAGCAGAAGGGCCACUUCUUUGUUAAUGAAAAGAUGUACUGUGAAAAGCAUGCCAGAGAACAUAUGGCUCCACCAGAGGGAUAUGAUGUGGUUACAGUGUUUCCAAAAUAAACCAUAACCUUAUUUUGUGCUGUACCAAAGUGACAUUAGUGUCCCAAUUUUAAUGCAAACAAGCCUUUUCUCUAAAACCUGAAUGGUUCCUUAUAUUUGCAUCAAAUGCUUUCUAGAAAACUA